UCGAAAGUCGGCCUAGGAUGUCACUGUUUUUGCGGACCUCUGUAUGGUCCCUCACUCGCUUGGGGUUUCUUUGCAGGAGUAGAAAGCUCGUUCCCCGGUCUACCAAGGCAGCGUAUCAUUCAAACUGCAUUAGUGUUUUGCGCAAAAACGUACCGUUUACCAGUGUAAUAAAUCCAUUUACUGCUCCCGGAUCCGGCCCCGGCAUUGCUUCUAGAGUCAGCUUCGGUUUUGACGUUCAGGUGUCCAGAAGAAUCAACAUGUCGUCUACCUCGAUGUCUCAGAGAAUGAUUUGGGUGGACCUGGAGAUGACAGGUCUCGACAUUGAGAAGGACCAGAUCAUUGAAAUGGCAUGCAUUAUCACAGACUCUGACCUCAACAUUUUGGCUCAGGGACCCAACUUGAUAAUUAACCAGCCAGAUGAGUUGCUGGAAGGGAUGUCGGAGUGGUGUAAGGAGCAUCAUGGAAAGUCAGGACUGACUCAGGCUGUACGGGACAGUAAAAUCACCCUGGAACAAGCAGAAUAUGAGUUCCUGUCCUUCGUCAGACAGCACACCCCGCCUGGACAGUGUCCCCUUGCUGGGAACUCUGUGCAUGCCGACAAGAGGUUCUUGGACAAGCACAUGCCACAGUUUAUGUACCACCUUCAUUAUAGAAUCAUUGACGUCAGCACCAUCAAGGAGAUUUGCAGACGGUGGUUUCCAGAAGAAUACAAGAUGGUGCCUCACAAGAAAGCCAGCCACAGAGCCUUGGAUGAUAUAUGGGAGAGCAUUAAAGAGCUGCAGUACUACAGAGCCAAUGUCUUCAAAGCAUCAACACAGGAGAAGAAGCGCAAGAUUGUAGAAAAUGGAGGCAGCAACAAAAGUCAACUCACAUGAAUAAGACUAUGCAGGUGUCAAUGUUGUGCUGCUGUAUUUCCUGAAGAAAGCAGAUUCAUCAUUCAGUGUGAUUUAAGUGACUGUUUUCAUUGAUUUCAGUUUCUGUUCAUAUGUAGCUGCCCAAUGAUCAUUUGUUCUAGUAUUGUUCAAAAGUUAAAAUCAGAGGUUUCAUCAAAAAUAGCAAGAUUCUAGUAACAGUUUAUUUAAAAGAAAUUUUUUUGUAACAUGAAAAUGUACUUUGUUAGUUGCAGUUUUGUAUUAUUUCUUUAGUCUCGAGUUACUUUAAUUUUCCCUUGUUUUUAAAAUGAAACCAAAUAAACUCUGGUUCCUGGGAAAACUGUCCAGAUACCGUGACACUUCUAUCUGCCAAACACAUACUGAAUGCAACAGUGUGUGGCGUAUGUAGUAAAUUACACACAAAUAUUAAGUAUGUGUGCUAAAUAUAUUGUGUGUAGAGUGUUGUGUUGAUGGAUGCUACUGUCCCACAGUGCAAUGCAAUGAAAUGUGUUGUUUAACUCCGCAAGUUCUGAACAGUAGCCUUUUAAAGCUCAAGUGCAAUUGCCAUCUGUAAACAUGUAUCAAAUACAGAAAUAAUUUUUAAUCACUGUUAUUACAAAAUGGUACAACACAAUACUUUCUUUACCUACAAACUGCCAGAACAGUAUAUCAGUGAUGGGUAGUGUGUUUGGGACACAGCAUUAGAGCCAUAGGAAAAACACUAGAUGGCAGUGUGCAACUUGGAAUAUUAUGAAGUACACCACAGUGUGUUGCCCUGUUUGAUAGUGAGGUAGACAUGAAAAAUGACUAGAAAAUGGAGAAUGUAAUGGAUUUAGACAGAUGAAAAUGUGUUAUUAACAAUUCAAAUAAUACAAUGAUACAGAACUAUGACUCAAGUU